AUGGAGGAGGAGCGCCCGCCCGCCGCGGGGUCCGGUGGCUUCGUGGUGUGGCUGCACGGGCUGGGCGACUGCGGCCGCGCCAACGAGUUCAUCGCCAACCACUUCUCCGCGGCCGCCUUCAGCGAUGCCCGCUGGGCCUUCCCCACCGCGCCCACCGCCCCCGUCACAUGCAACCGUCGGUGCCCUCGCCAUCACGACGCCUCCGGCUUCGGUGGCAUGCGCAUGCCUUCGUGGUUCGACAUCCACGACACGCCCAUUACUUCAAAAUCUGUCAGGGGUGAGGAGGAUGUGCUGAGAGCUGUCCAGAUCGUGCACACUAUGAUCGACAGGGAAAUCGCGGCCGGGACAGACCCGGGAGACGUGUUCGUGUUUGGGCUCAGCCAAGGAGCAGACCGUGCUAAGCUACACGGAUUCAUCAUGCUGCAAUGCAAAUUCAGGUGCCCUGAGCAUAGCAAGCGUGCUGCUCGCCUGCUCUACCCAAAGGCUCUGGGCGGCUGCGCAGUCUUCAGUGGCUUCCUCCCCUUCGACUCAUCUUCCUCCUCCUCCUUUGCUGCCAGGGUGACAGACGAAGCAAAGAAGACGCCUGUUUUGUGGAUACACGGGGGAGCCGACUCGCUGAUCCCGGUCCAGGAAGGGCGAGAUGGGGUGAAGUUCCUGCGAGGACUCGGCAUGAGCUGCGAGUUCAAGGAAUACGACAGGCUCGGGCACACACUGGCGCCGUACGAGCUGGAGCACUGCGAGCGGUGGGCGUCGGAGAUCGCUCUGGGCGAGGGAAAGCAUGAGCACGGACGACAAGGCCCGGGGGAGAAGAAGGGUGUCCGUCAGGGGACGGGGACGGGGAGCAAGAGCAAGAGCAAGUUGUUCUGCGGGGUUUUCAACCUCUUCUCCAAAUAG